AUGCCCGAGCUGAUCCAGACAAUCUACAAUACAAAGGGUGAUUGGCCAAAGACCGAGUUCUACCACGGCAGCAGCGCUCUCGUCAAUGGAAAAAUCGUCCUAAAUCUAUUCAGCCAGACGGAUCCAGUCAAGCACUCCAAAGAACGCAAACCUAUCGCAAAGCACUACUCCCCAUCUGCAACCGCCGCGCUCGAGCCACACAUGGACAAAGUUAUCAAUAAACUAUGCUUUGAGCUAGAGAAGAGGUUCAUCGACUCGCCCAACAGCCACAAAGAUUUCGACCUCGGAAGGUGGAUCCUCUACUGGGCAGUGACCUUCUCGGAACCGAUUGGCUACCUAGACAAGGGAGAAGAUUUCAACGGAACGCUCCAUAACGCUGACAAGGCCAUGGAUUACUUCUCUAUCGUAGGCACGAUGCCUUUCUUAGACCGCGUCUUUGACAAGAAUCCCGUCUACCGGAUGGGGCCACCAGGCUUCAACGUCAUCACUGGUAUAUCGGUACAGCAUCUCAUCGACCGCAGCUCCGGCAAGGACAAAGAUACCCACGACCAGGACACCCCUGACUUCCUGGACAAGUUUAUUGAAGCAAAAAAGGCAGACCCGGAUAAUGUCGACGACGCCCAGAUUGUCUCAUGGCUCAUGGUCAAUAUGAUUGCGGGCGCUGACACCACUGCCAUUACAAUCCGCAGCGCUCUAUACUACUCGCUGAAACAUCCUCGUGUCUGGAAGCGGUUGACGGACGAGGUUCUGGCCGCCGGCUUCCGUGGCAGGCUACCUCCUCCAUACAAAGAAGUCCGAGCGAUACCAUACGUCGACGCCGUGGUUCGCGAGGCCCUCAGGGUUCUUCCUGGCGUCGUCAUGACGCUUGAACGGUAUGUUCCACGCGGGGGCUGCAGCCUUCCUAAUGGAGAUUACUUGCCCGACGGCACGGUUGUCGGCAUGAACCCUUACAUCACCAACCGGAACAGGGAAUUUUACGGAGAGGACGCUGAUGUCUUCCGGCCUGAGCGUUGGCUCAGAGAUGAGGAAGCAGGUGAAUCGGAAGAAGAGUUUCAGGUUCUGACACUGACACGACAUGUUCUCGCGCCAUGUUCUGGCGCCAUGUUCUGGGACUCCUAA